AUCAUUAAUAAGUUAUAAUAACGAUUAACGAAUAACUGAUAAGUUAUAACUAAUAAGUUAAUUGAUAAGUUAACUUAUAGUGAAUAAGUUAGCUUAUUUGUUAAAAUUAGCACACAUGCGGGGUAGACAAUCAAUCACACGUAGUCUACUGAAUCAUUGAUUAUGUCAUGUCAUCAUCUCUGAACCAAACCAAAACAAAACUGUGUUGUUGGUUGUGCGUGCGUGCGUGCCAGUACUAAGUACUAAUUCCGAUCGCAACAACUAUUUACCCCCAAUUCGUUGGGGGAUUAGGGUUUACUGUGCAAUGUCUUCCAAUUCAACACAGGAAGAAGAAGAAGAAGAAGAUGCCGGCGUAUGCAUAAACGAGGCGUUGACGGACGACGAGCUCCGUUCAAUUCUGGCGAGGGUGGAGACCGAAAAAGACAAAGAAACGUUCGGUUUGGUGUGUAAGCGAUGGCUUCGUUUACAGAGCACGGAAAGGAAGAAACUUGCCGCACGUGCCGGUCCUCAUAUGCUUCGUAAAAUGGCUGAUAGGUUCACACGUUUGGUUGAAUUGGACCUUGCUCAGUCCAUUUCUCGUUCUUUCUAUCCUGGUGUUACUGAUUCUGAUCUUUCUGUUAUUGCUAAUGGCUUCACUUGCUUGAGGAUCCUCAAUUUGCAUAAUUGUAAAGGAAUUACGGAUGUUGGAAUGAAAGUUAUUGGUGAGGGUCUUUCCUUAUUACAGUCCUUGGAUGUGUCCUACUGCAGAAAGCUGACUGAUAAGGGCUUAUCCGCUGUUGCCAAAGGCUGUUGUGACUUGCGGAUAUUGCAUCUUACUGGGUGCAGAUUUGUUACGGAUAGUAUACUAGAAGCUCUGUCCAAAAACUGUCGUAAUUUAGAAGAGUUGGUAUUGCAAGGAUGCACAAGUAUCACUGACAAUGGACUGAUAAGCCUUGCAAGUGGUUGCCAGAGAAUCAAGAUUUUAGACAUCAAUAAAUGCAGUAAUGUCAGUGAUGUUGGGGUUUCUAGUAUUUGUAAGGCUUGUUCUUCUUCUCUCAAGACAUUGAAAUUGUUAGAUUGCUACAAAGUUGGGGAUGAAGCCAUAUUAUCAUUGGCUAAAUUCUGUGAUAAUCUGGAGACUUUGAUCAUUGGUGGAUGCCGGGAUGUGUCUGACAGCGCAAUGAAGUUGCUGGCUACUGCUUGUAGAAAUAACCUUAAAAACUUGAGGAUGGAUUGGUGUCUGAACAUUUCCGACUCUUCAUUGAGCUGUAUUUUAAGUCAAUGCAGAAACCUUGAGGUGCUGGACAUCGGUUGCUGUGGAGAGGUGACAGAUACUGCUUUUCUUCUUAUAAGCAACGAGGAGCCUGGUUUGAGUUUGAAGAUAUUGAAAGUUAGUAAUUGUCCAAAGAUCACAGUGGUUGGUAUAGGCAUUCUUCUUGGUAAAUGCAGUUACCUGGAGUACUUGGACGUGAGGUCAUGCCCACAUAUUACAAAGGCUGGCUUUGAUGAGGCUGGUUUUCAUUUUCCUGACUGUUGUAAGAUUAAUUUUAACGGUAGCAUCAACGAGCCUGCUGUUCUUCUUUGAUGCUGUAAUUAUCUUCAAGAUUUAUUCUAUCAAAAGAUCUGCAAUGUGAACUUUAUUGAUAAGGUGUACCUUUAGAAAUUUGAGGAGAAUUUGUCAGUUCUAGUGAUGUUAGUUUUCAUGUGCACCACCAUGUAAUGUAUCAUGUAUAUCACUGCACCACUGACUGGUGUUGGAUGUAUUGUAUCAUAGUUUGUCGAUUUGAUGGGUUGUAAAUUUUGUAAGCACAAUUGUGUUGUAUUUGGUAUCAUUCCUUUGUACGACAAUUAUCAAUCACCUAAAAUAGUAUGAUUUUAAGGAAUUAGGAUGUGGA